AUGGAUUCUCAACCAAAGGACCUGAGCCUCCCUGGUGUGUGGGUCUCCCUGUACUUUGGAUUCCUGGGGCUGUGUUCAGUGAUUACUGGUGGCUGCAUUCUCUUUCUGCACUGGAGGAAGAACUUGCGGCGGGAAGAACGUGCCCAGGAGUGGGUGGAGGUGAUGAGAGCCACUGCAUUCACCUACAGCCCACUGUUGUACUGGAUUAACAAGCGGAGGCACUAUGGCAUGAAUGCAGCUAUCAACAUGGGCCCUUCUGCUGCUGUCACUAAGACUGAGACUGAGGUCCCGAAUUCAGAUCCUCUGUGGGAGCUGGACAGCCCUGAGAGUAAGAGCUGUACUGCUCAACAGAGCAGCCCCCAGGUGGAGGCUUCUGUCCCCCUGCAACCUGCAUUGCAGCUGCUCCCACAGCUGCCCCUGCCUGCCCCCAUGCCUCAGCCCCAGGCCAGCUCCCCCCUUUCCAUCUUUCAGGAGGCACCCUUUGUCCUCUCCCUGUGUGACCUUCCUCCAAUGCGGAACCACUCAGUCUCUUACCCUUUGGCCACCUGUCCUGAAAGGCACAUCAACUUCCAUUCCCUCCCUACAUUGGCGCGUGGGGACCACUGCUUCAGUGCCAAGCCUUUAGCUUCAGAAUUGUAG